AUGGGCCUAAUGGGCCCACACCUCUCCCCAACCCAUUUUACCGGCUUUACCGGUUUUCUCUCUCUUCAAAAGCCCGGCCCAUAUAACAAACACUCCUCUCUCUCUUCUUCAACCUCCAUAGCCGUAGUUUCAGAAAACAAAACUCUCUCUCUCUCUGCGCGGGGGCUCUCCGGAGCCCAUUGUACGGAGGUUAAGAAGGAUUUCCACCCUUUUUUGAUUCGUCGCAGAGAGAGUUUGUGUUGUGUGUGUCUUUCACUGAAAAUGGAGAUUUCCAGGGUUUUGUUCUUCGUUUUGGGGGUUGCUUCUCUGUUUUUGACUAUUACGGCUCAAUCGUCUGCUCCGGCUCCGGCUCCCACCAGCGACGGGGCAACGAUAGAUCAAGGGAUUGCAUGCCUGUUGAUGUUGGUGGCUUUGGUAUUGACAUACCUAAUUCACUGAAGAGAGAUUAUUUGAAUUGGGGUUGGAUUAUAUGUUGUGUGAUUUAGUCAUGAAAUUGGGGCAAAAUUUAUGGAUUUAUAUACUAAUUAGUGUUCUGAUUUUGACAAUUUAUUGAUUGUGUUGUUGAGGAUUCUAUUCUGUUUGGUUUACUGUCAUUUUUCAUCUCAA